CACGAAGAGCCGGAAACACCCGAAAUAUUCCGAGGACCGACGAGAGGAAGCGGAGUCGCUUGCUUUAGAGCGGUUGUGUCUGUUAAACCAAGGCUGUAGCAAUGCCGAUCUAAAGAUAAGCGAGUAAUACUUCAAAACGACAUUGAAUACAUUGAAAUACCGCUUUAAAACUAUCAUGGAGAUUGGAACGGAGAUAAGCAAGAAAAUAAGGGCUGCAAUUAAGGGGAAGUUGCAGGAACUGGGCGCUUAUGUGGAUGAAGAACUUCCCGAUUACAUCAUGGUUAUGGUGGCUAAUAAGAAGAAUGCCCAACAGAUGGCGGAUGAUCUCUCUCUGUUCCUUGGGAACAACACCAUCAAAUUCACCAUUUGGUUACACGGUGUUCUAGAAAAACUGCGAUCAGUUGCUGUUGAGCCCUCGGUCCUGAAGCCACAGCUCGCCUGCACGGACGCCAGCGCCGAGCUGCUGGCGGGGAAGGGCAGGCCGCCCUGCGGCGGGAGCGCCAACCGGCGGGACGAGGAGCCGCGGGGCCUGGCCGUGUCCAGCUCUCGCGCAGACCGCACGGACUCCUGGGUGUCCACCAGCUCUUCCCAGGAGCACCAGGUCUCCAGCGGCAGGAGGUCGACGGAGAGGAAUGUCCCGCGUUUGAUGUCAACGGUGAAGCCCCUCGUAGAGCCCUUGUCUGAAGAGGCCAUUAUUGACAUCAAGCCUGAGCCUGACGAUGACCUCAUCGAUGAGGACCUGAGGUUUGCGGGAGACGCGGCUUCCUCCGCGGGCCUGCGGAAGAGACCCCUGGUCACCUUGACCUACAGCUCUGGUCGACCCACAGCAGAGCCUUCCAGGCCUCCGCCGGGCAGCCAGCAAUCUGCCAGCAUGUCGGACAGCAGCUCGCAGCCUGCCGGUCGAGCAGACGAAGGCAGGCCGUGCAGCUACAGGCCUGCAGAGGCGCUUGGACCCACAGAAACAUCCCUAGGACUCUACAGCAGGCUGCAGGACAGCAGUGGACAGAGCAUCAGAUCAGCCAAGUUACACAUCAACAGAGCUCCCAGAGAAGAGGACAUGUCUUGGAAGAGGAAGGCUCCGGUGGUGAGCUCUAUUGUCCGAGUGAGUAAGACCGCGGAGGAAGACCUGGACAGCGAUGAGCAAGAGGAAGAGGAAGAAGAGAACUAUGGUGCACGGAGUGGCGGCCUCUCCAGCAGCGUCUCCCUGCCUUCUAAACCCGAGCGAAGGCCUACUCUUCCACCCUCAAAGCAAGCAAAUAAGAAUCUGAUUUUAAAAGCCAUUUCUGAGGCCCAGGAGUCUGUCUCUAAAACGACUAAUUAUCCUACAGCAGCAGCCCCCCAGAGGCAGAUGGUCCCUGUAGCCCCCCGGACUCGCUCUGCCAGUGAAGACAUGGGUGCAGCUGUCCAGCAGGUCCAGGAGUCCCUUCGGUCUGCGGAGUUCUCACUCCAGACACGAGCCCCCAUGGAAACCGUUUCAGAGAGACGGCCAGUGCAGACAAGGUCUUUGGGUUCCCGGCUUCAGCCUGACACACAAGAGGAAAGUCUGAGAAGACUUCAAGCUGGGGUGUCUGAGAUGUCAGCGGUGAAGCCCAAUGACACCCGCUCCUUCAUCUUGAAGAGGUCUCAGCUCGAAGAUGUGGGGUCAGUCAGGAGCAGGCUUGGCACCUUGGUGCCUGUGGAGUUCAAAGAGGUGUCCACUAGCGUGGCGCAGACGAGGGAUGCAUCUGAGCCUAGGCACUGUCCGAGCCCUAAAUUUAUUGUGACAUUGGACGGGGUUCCCAGUCCCCAGGGAUACAUGGAUGAGGAGGACAGGGAUGCCGAGGACACUGUCUUAAAGGAAAAUGUAAAAAUAAUUAAGAGCAAGUUGUCAGCGAGACAACUGGAUAGGAAACCCAAGAUGAAUGUGCACCAGCGACUUGAACGUGAAUUGGAUUAUUCUGAUGAUGAAGGGGAAACGGAUGUCGUCCCCAUUAAACGGCAGAAGGUCCUGGAACGUUGCAAGUAUUGGCCAGUCUGCAAAAGCGGGGCUGAGUGUGUGUACCAUCACCCCACCACGUUGUGCAAAACCUUUCCCAGUUGCAAGUUUGGUGACAAAUGUUUAUUUGUUCAUCCAAAUUGUAAAUAUGAUGCCAAGUGCACCAAAGCAGACUGUCCGUAUACUCAUGCCAGCAGGAGAGGCCCAGCUCUGCCAGUGAAGCCAGUGCCUCAGUCAUCUGGCAACAUCUGUCGUUUUUUCCCGGACUGCAGGAAGUUGGAUUGCCAGUUUUACCACCCUAAACCAUGUCGAUUUACAACCCAGUGUAAACGUCCAGACUGUAAUUUUUACCAUCCAUCUGUUUCAUUACCUCCAAGACACGCACUGAAAUGGACAAAAGCCCAAAACAGUUAAAGAUCAUGUGGCAUGGACAGUCCUCCCUUGACAACAGCGCUGAAGAAAACGUGGUUUCUGAAUUUUUGUUUAUUUCUAAUUUCAUUCUGGGUCCCAGGUUUUUAGCAUAAAAAGAUUCCAAACUUUGUGAUCUGUUUUUUUUUAAAGAAGAUUUAUCCGUUUUUGUAAACUAAAUUCUCAAAAACGUGCAUUAUAACUGUACUGUAUAGAAGUUGACUUCUGUUUUCAGUCACUUUGUCAUGUUGCUUCAUUGAAGGUCUUAUGACUUUUCCAAGC